CGUCCCCGAACGCGGCAUCAAGUGGGAGUUCACACGUGUGUUGCUGAUGUUUGGCUGCAUGUAGCGGCGCUGCAGCACUUCAUCACGAACUGUGCUUUCCAAAACUUCAUGACUACUUACUUCACCAACCUCUUAAACAACUGGGGUGGCCGGUUUCUGUCCCGGUCUUUUGAAUGUUUAUGUUGCUCAAAGUAAGGACGAGAAGAUGUCACAGUAAGGCCAAAACUACUUUCUUCAGUUACUCUAAAAGACUGUAUCUUGGUUUCCUCUGCAAAGAAGUCGACUGGGAGUCUUUUUAGAUCCAGUUCCUGAGAUAUUGUUCAGGACACAAAGAGAGGGUUUGUUCUGAGGACUCUCAAAUGCUUCUGUCAAGUCUGGGGUUUGAAGGGCAACAUGGAUGGUAUUGAUGACUACAUCUGGCAGCGCCGCAUCCACCAUGGGGUUAGGUAUCAGAAAUGUGAAGUUCCAUUUCCAAAGUCGGUUGAAAUCGGUUUGGAGUUCAACGCGGCAUUGGAAAGGAAGGACAAGUUAGAUCUGUGCUUGCUGACCAAUGCUGUGAUGCUGGAGCUUUGUGACUUUGCCAAAACGGUGACAAAGUCUGAGACAUAUUUCUUGUUUGAAAUGCUAGAGUUCAACUUUGACCUCGGCGUGGACGUGGAUAACGACAUGCAGUGCUAUGACUAUGCAAGGCGCGUUCACAACAAAAUAAAGCUGCUGAAGGAACAAAUAAAGUUGAAACCUCGUAGAUGGAAAGAAACCUUUCCGCUACCAGACCAACAAACUUUAAUGGGGUCCACUGGGUCAGAGCUACGUUACUACCCUAAAAGGAAUAAAAUCGUGGAUAGUUCAGUCCUCACUGAUGGCAGCAAGUCUUCAGAAAAUCAGAAGAGCAAGAGUAAUGGAGCUGCGAGCGGUGAAUUCAUCAGGAAGAAACAAGGAGGAGUCCGAUUAAAUCCAACAGGUGAUGUUUACCCUUUCUGUAAAGAACUUGGUGUGACACUGCUUGUUCGACCAGAUGACGCACCCAAAGAGAAACUAGACCCACAUCUGGUGACCAACGGUGUGAUGAUGGAACUGCUUGACUUUUCCAGAGUGCUUUGUGGAACACACACUCAGAUAGUUAACGCCUUGGUCAAGCAAAAUUUCGGUCAUGAGUUGGAUAAAAUGCAGUUCAGAAUGCAAGUAAACAAGCUGAUGGAGCGAAAAUAUGCCUGCAUAACAGCCGAGGACAAGGACGCUUUCCGAAAGGAGGCUUUUACAGUCCAGACCAAGAAACGGGGAAAGAAUUAUAAAAAAAGAAAACACCCUGACGCAGAUUACCAAGAACUGGAAAGACUAACGAUGGCCAGUAAGAGGAGGGAAACGCUGAGGCAAAGGGAGAGUGAUGCGAAAGUAAUUUGGCAGGACAGUGACCUCUCGUACAUGUGUCCGGUUGAUUUUGAGACAGAAAUGCAGUCAGCUAUGGAGGCAAAACCAGAAAAGGUUGAUUUUGAAACUUGUUUGUCAGAAACCGCUGCAGAAACAAAGCCAGCAGUGACUGUAAAGCAGGAAGAGGAGGAAGUUUUUGUCUCCCCAAUGCAGUCUCCGACCAAUGGCCACGACUCUCAUUUGUCUGACCUUCGUCCAAAAAGUGCGGCUCUAAAAGCAUACUGGGAUCUGUUUUCUGAAGAUGAAUGUGGGGACAUGCGUGUAAAAACAUGGAAACAGAAGCUGUGGAUGAGACGUACCACUCGCUCAAAACAAAUCCUGAAGUCUAGCAGAGUGAACGACAUGUUUGCCAGCUGCAGAGCGAUAGGUUUAGACUUUAAUGUCGGUUCUGGCAACAAACAGAACGUUGAUCUACAACUACUCACCAACUGCGUGUUGUGGGAGAUUUAUAAAUUUGCAACUACGAUGACAAAGAGCUUACACAGGUUCUUAUUUAACAUUCUGCACAACAACUUUAACCUUGUCCAAGAUGAACUGAAUCAGCGCAAUUUUAUAUUUUACAUCCAAACAAAAGAGAGGAUUCUUCAGAACCACCCCGCUAGACAGAAAAUGGAGUUUCUCAGCAGCCCCUUUCGGUUCCCUAAAGCAUACAACAUGGUUGAUGUGACUAGCGCUUGUCAAACUGGACAGGAAGCUGAGACGGAGCAGCAGACGAACUGGGAUUCAGCAGACUUGGCCACAAGCCAGCAGGCAGAUAUGGAGCCAUACCCGUUCUGUAAAAACUUAGGUCUCAACCUUUGGUCGAGAGAAGAACGUCCGGCAAGCAAGAAGCUCGAUUUGACGCUCCUGACCACGGGCGCCGUGCUGGAAAUAUUCAGCUUCGUCAGGGAGCUAUGCGGUGCGGUCCGCGAGACGGUUAAUGACGUCCUUGAGCACAAUUUCGAUCUUGAGCUGCAAAGUGGUGAGACCAAGGCCGCACAGAUGAUCCAGAGAUGGUACGUGACGCAGAAAAGCUUCAUGAAAAGGCACAACACAACACCAAGGAUAAAUAGGUGGUUAAAUACGGUCGUCCCACUUAAUGGUCACUCAAAACCCAGUCCGCAACCACAAACUGGCAACGGCCUGGAGGAUCUGGAUACGGAAGACUUAAAGCGAGGCAGAGAAGUGGAGGCCGUCUAUGUAAAUGUGCAACGGGUGGAAAGGGUCAACAGCUAUAACAUCUGCAAAGAAAUAGGCUUGGAUCUUGAUGUCCUGUCUAAAUCAGAAGCCAAAACAAAACUGGACUUGAAAGUGCUCACUAGGGGAGUCCUCCUUGAGGUGCACGGGUAUCUUGGGAAAUACUGCCACAGAUACGUCCCCGCUCUGUACGAGAUUCUGGAGUACAACUUUGAUCUGAGCUCUCAGAGCCAUCGCAAGGUGGAGUUUGCCUGGUCCAUUGCAUCUCAGGUGAUAGCCAUGGCUGGGAAAAGUGGCAGGAAGGCAGAUUAUCUGAACAAAGUUUUUGAGUUGCCCUUUGAGAUCUCUGAGUCCUCACAGACUGUCUGCAAAGAGGAGCCGGAGGACCGCUUCGCUGAGCUGGACCUCAACGAUAACUCAGACAUCUUGUUUGUCCGAGAACUGAAGCCUGUUGACAUAGAGGUUGAGAUUGAUUAGAAGUAGAAAGUCAAUGUACAGAUUAGGGCUGCAACGACGGAUCAUAGUCGUCAUGAUUUUAGCAAAUAAUUAAUGAAUCAUUUGGUGUGUAAAAUGUCAGAAAUUAGGGGGUAAAUCGCAUAUUUCCACACUCCCAACUUCCUAAAACCCAAGCUGAUGUCUUCAAAUCACCUGUUUUGUCCAAUCAGCAGUAGAGCUGCAACGAUAAGUCGGUCGAAAGAAUAUUAAUCAACAACAAUUCUGAUAAUGGAUUAAUCGUUUCAGUCAUUUUUAAAGCAAAAAUGUGAAGAAUUAGCUGGUUUCAUCUUGUUAAAUUGAAGAAUUGCUGCUAUUGUUUGUCAUUUAUGAAAGUAAAUUAAGAGUCUUUGGGGUUUUGGACUGUUGGUUGGACCAAAGAAGCAAUUUGAAGACAUGACUUUGAGCUCUGGGAAAUUUUUAUGAGCAUUUUUCACAAUUUUCACAAAAUCGUUAGUUGCAGCCCUAUCCAGCAGUCUAAAACCUAAAGAUAUUCGAUUUACUAUCUAUCAAGCAGCAAAUAUUGACAUUUGAGUGUGUAUCUUUGCUUGAUAAUGACUUUAACCAUUAGGCCAGAAUAAGGUCAGAAUAAUUCCUGUUCAGUUGUGUUUAGUUUACACCUAUUUAAAACGUUUUGUAACCUUCAUAAGAUGAAGAUUUAAAGAGACAUUUUUCUUAAAUUCUUUACAUUAAUGGUGAAUAUUAUGGUCAUUGUCCACUGGAUCUGGCUCUUAAGUUUUAUUUGAGUUUGCAAAUAACAUAACUAUUCAUCACAGCUUACAUCUGUGAUAAACAUCAGAUCUGGAAUAAACACAUCUGGUCACUCUGCUGA